AUGCGGUCAGUCGUCACGUCGAUGGCGUCGGCCUGCGGCGCGCGCGACAUGCACUUACCGUCGCUGACGGCCACCAUGGACAGGUUCGAACGGAUGACCGACCACUUGGGGGCGCGGCAAACGUGCGCCACCCAAGCGCUCGGCGGCGUAACGGCCACAGCGACGGGCGCCGAACAAGUCGACCUGCUCAUGGCGCAGAUCGUCGACCGGGCCGGGCUGGACGUCAGGAGCGUAAUGCCCGCGGCCUUGACGGAGGGCUCGCCACUGCGGCAAACGACUACGCCGCCGCCGGCGCAGGAUCCGAUCCUGGGACUCGACGAACAACUGUCGAAACUCAGAAGCCACUACGGAUAA